AUGCGUCACUCAUUUAUUUCGGCAUUGAUUGCCGUUGGUUCCGCCGUCCAAGCUGCCGCGCAGCUGAAUGGAAAGGUUGGACCUCUCACUACUGCCUCAGCCAAGGCUGCCAUCAAGACUUGCAACAUUGUAGACUACGGUGCCAAGGCAAAUGCCAAGACCGAUAAUGGUCCGGCAAUUCAAAAAGCUUGGAAUGAUUGCAGAACUGGCGGCGGAGAGCCCAUGUCGUUCCGUCUCGAUGGAAUUAUCUACCGAAUUGGCACCGAUGGAGGCAAUAUGUUCAUGUUCAAGCAUCUGGAAGACUUUGAGUUUUACAGUAGCACCUCCAAGGGAGCUAUCCAGGGUUAUGGAUAUGAAUUCCAUAAGAAGAAUGAAUAUGGCCCCCGUAUCCUUCGAUUCGCCGACGUCAAGAGCUUCUCCAUCCACGACGUUGCUCUGGUUGACUCGCCUGCGUUCCAUUUCUCCAUUGACACUUGCUCCGAUGGCGAAGUGUACAACAUGGCCAUUCACGGAGGCAAUCGCGGUGGUCUCGACGGUAUCGACGUCUGGGGAACGAAUAUCCAUAUCCACGAUGUUGAAGUCAGCAACAAGGACGAGUGCGUCACCGUCAAGAACCCCUCUGACCACCUCUUGAUCGAGAACAUCUUCUGCAACUGGUCCGGCGGUUGCGCCAUGGGAUCCCUCGCCACCGAUACUGAUAUCCACGACAUCGAGUACAAAAAUAUCUACACACAGCGCUCCAAUCAGAUGUAUAUGUUCAAAUCCUAUGGCGGCAGCGGCACCGUCAAUAACGUUGCCCUCAAGAACUUUGCUGGCCACUCCAACGCCUACACACUCGAUCUUGAUGCCCAGUGGAGCUCUAUGAAGCCCAUCGCCGGCGACGGUAUUCUCUACACCAACAUGACCUUUUCCGGCUGGUCCGGAACCUGCGCCGAUGGCCAUCAGAGAGGACCUAUCAAGUUCAACUGCCCAGCCGAUGUCCCCUGCACUGACAUGCAGGUCGAUGACUUCGCUGUUGGUAGCAACAAGGGCGACACCGUUGAGCAUGUUUGCAAGAACGCUUAUGGAUCUGGAGCUUGUCUUAAAGAGGGCGAUGGUGGUGCUUACACGACUACACAGACUGUUGAUGCUGCCAGCGCUGCCACUCCGACCAUGGAUGGGGAGAUUGAGAAUGGUCUUGGCCUUACCGUUUCCAUUGCGAUCCCCACUAUCCGACCUUCCUUCUUUCCUGGUGUUGCUGCCAUCAGUCCCCGCAUGGCCGACGGCGCCAAGGCUCAAGCCACCGCUCGUGUAGAGACUUCCGUCCCCGAUGAGGCUGAGACCGCCGCUAACACUUCUGCUGUAGUUGAUGUAACUGUCCCCGUCAGUACCGUUGCUUCUCUUGCUACCUCUGCUACUGCCGACGAGGUUACUUCACUUGCUAUUCCUACGGCACUGAGCAGCCUCAUCCCCGAGGAACACUCUUCUGUUGACACUGAUGUCAAGACUUCAACAACUUCAAAGGCUAUUGAAACUACUGCUCCUCUAUCAAAAAGUCCCUCUUGCAAGGCAAAGAGACGCCAAAGUCUUUAA